AUGGCCGCGAUUCCUGACGACGACGCAAAGGUUGCGCGGUACACAAACGACGAGACCUCACCCCCACCGCCCGUUUACGAAGAUGGUAGUGUACAGGAAGACAAUGCUUAUGUGUACGAUGACUCUCAGAAGCUAGGCUACACAGCCACGGUUUUCGUGAUCCUGAAUAAGAUGAUCGGUACCGGCAUCUUCUCUACUCCUUCCGGUAUCUUCGCUGUGACGGGCUCUGUCGGCGUAUCACUCUUUCUUUGGAUUAUUGGCGGUGUUCUCACGUUUUGUGGGCUCAGUGUUUUUUUGGAAUUUGGACUUGCGAUCCCACGUUCAGGUGGCGAAAAGAACUAUCUGGAGCGCGUCUAUCGUCAUCCCAAGUAUCUCGCAACAUGCGUUCUUGCAUCGCAAAUGCUUUUGCUCGGCUUCUCGUCCGGUAACUCCUUGGCGUUCGGACGCUACGUACUAUUCGCUUCUGGCUCGGAAGCACCCGAUGGUUGGGCGGCGCGUGGCAUAGCAAUUGCUUGCGUGACCUUUUCUGUCGGUCUCCAUGCGACAUUUCCAAAAUGGGGCAUCCGUCUCUUCAGCGUCCUCGGCGUCUUCAAGGUCUUCAUUCUCCUCUUCAUCGUCUUUUCGGGCUUCGCUGCCCUGGCCGGCCAUCUGAAGAUAGAGCAACCGCACAAUUUCGACAAUGCAUUCAGACUAGAAGUUGGUGAUGGCUACGGUGGCGGUGGCUCCUACGAAUACUGUCAAGCUCUGCUUCGUAUCGUCUACUCGUACAAAGGUUGGGAAAACGCCAACUAUGUGUUGGGCGAAAUACGAAACCCGAAGAAAACCCUGGCUUGGUCAGCACCGCUAGCAAUUGGCGGAACUACCAUCCUGUAUGUCCUCGCGAAUGUAGCUUACUUUGCUGCGAUUCCCAAAUCCGACCUUGCAAAGAGUGAGGUCAUCGUGGCUGGUCUCUUCUUCCGCAAUGUCUUCGGCAACAGCGCUGGGGCGCGAAGUCUCCCGGCUUUUGUAGCUCUUAGCAACUUGGGCAAUGUGCUCGCAGUUAGUUUUGCCCACUCGCGGCUUAACCAAGAAUUCGCGAAGGAGGGCCUGCUACCAUGGAGCCGAUUCUGGGCAUCAAACAAGCCAUUCAACGCGCCUGCAACGGCGUUGUUUCUCCACUGGCUAAUUACAGUCAUCGUGCUUGUUGCACCUCCUGCUGGUCCUGCGUACAACUUCAUCACCGAUUUGUAUACCUAUCCCGGCGCAUGGAUCAACGGUUUCGUUACCGCCGGUCUGAUCUACUUACACUACAGCAAACGUGAGCGCUGGGAGUCGCCAUGGCAUACCUAUCUUCCCGUUGCCGUUCUUUACUUGGCUGUAAACAUUUUCCUCGCGCUUGUCCCCUUUAUUCCUCCGGAUGGCGACUGGAACGCAGAUGGCUACCCAUACUACGUGUUUCCGAUUGUUGGUGUUAGCGUCCUGCUUCUGGGUGGAUUCUACUGGGUAUGCUGGACGAAAAUCUGGCCGAAACUUGGUGGAUACAAGAUCGUCAGUGAACGCUACGAAGAUGCGCAAGGCAACGAGCAUGUGAAGUAUGUCAAGUUAUACACGAAGCACGAUUGA